GGAAUGCAAGAACCCCCCCCCCCCAGACAGAGUAGUAUAUAAAGCUUCAGGUUGGCUGCACGAUGGACUGUUGGAAAGUUCUCCUCCUUCUCACUGUGCAGUGCAUCAGGAAGACCAUGGGAACCUCCCUCGUCUGCAUUGUGACUCUGUUUUCCCUACUGAUCCCGGUUCAAUCGGCCCCUGAUCUCACGCUGGACACUCACUGGCAGAUGUGGGUUAAAAAACACCAGAAAACCUAUAAGGAUGUGGAGGAGGAACGUGCCAGACGAACCAUCUGGGAGGAGACACUGAAAUUUAUCACAGUCCAUAACUUGGAAUAUUCCUUGGGACUCCACACUUAUGACGUUGGAAUGAACCAUCUGGGAGAUAUGACAGGUGAGGAGGUGGCUGCAACAAUGACAGGUUGCAUCAGCUUAGACAAUUCCAGCAUGGCCAGCAUGACUGAGGUACCAAAAGAGAUAUUAGAGGCUCGGCCGCAUUCAUCAGUAGACUGGAGAACCAGAGGCUGCGUCACCAGAGUGAAAAACCAGCGAAGUUGCGGAUCUUGCUACGCUUUUGGUGCCGUGGGGGCUCUGGAAUGCCAGUGGAAAAAGAGAACGGGCAGACUGGUCUCAUUCAGCCCACAGGAACUGGUGGAUUGUUCCUCCAUUUAUGGAAACAAUGGCUGCAAUGGGGGACAUGUAUAUUCUUGCUUCAAAUACAUGAGGAGAUAUGGUUUAAUGACGGAAUCCACUUACCCCUAUAAAGGAAAGGAAGGAAGGUGCAAAAAAAGGAGGCGAAGUAAUUUUGGAAUGGUAAGGUGUUUCUACAGACUACCGUAUGGCAAUGAAAAAGCACUUAAGAAUGCUGUGGGAAGAGUAGGACCUGUGUCUGUUUACAUAGAUGCCGGCCAUGAGGGGUUCCGGAUGUACAAGUCAGGUGUUUAUUACGAUCCAUAUUGCACCAAAAUAAUAAACCAUGCUGUGCUUGUGGUUGGAUAUGGAAGAGAAAAUGGCAUGUCUUAUUGGCUGGUUAAGAACAGUUGGGGAACAUGCUAUGGAAACAGGGGAUACAUAAAAAUGGCCCGAAAUUAUAAUAACAAUUGUGGCAUUGGGCUGUAUGCUUUCUAUCCAGUGGUGUGAAGCCUGGGCCUGUCCGAGUAGAUGGGCCAAUGGUAUUUUAUCUGCAAGCAAAUUCUGCAUUUCAAUUCUUUUAUGUUCUUUUUUGUUUGCAUUUAUAAUGUCUAGAGUUUCCCUUCAGUUUAUUUCUGCUUAAAUGGAUAUUAGUCUACAAGAGCGAAGCUUACUGUGUACUGAAGACAUUGCACACGUCGGUAAAUAGCAGCUGAGGUUGAAAUCAAUUUCAACCUUUGGUCUAAGGGAAAUACAAUCUUACUAGUAGAUCUAUAUAUAGAACUAUAUAGCUGCAUGUAUACAUACAGAC